AUGUUUCAAGAUGAUUAUUCAUCGAUAACAUCUGAUUUAGAUACUCAUGCAAAUCAAAUUUAUCUUAGCGUAUUUUUUGCACAUAAUAAACUUGGUGCUGCAUUUUAUGAUUCAUCAUCGGCAAUUAUUUAUUUCAUUCCUGAUGUUGAAGAAACAUCACGUUUUGAUAUUACUCAGCAGAUUUUAACGGAUAUUCAACCGUCAAUGGUUAUUUGUUCAGCUAAAACAAGUGAUGAGUAUUAUAAAGCGUUAAAUGAUCAUCUUAAUAUACAAACAAGUUUCGAUGCAAAUAAUACGAAAUUACAACUUGUACCACAAGCAUAUUUUCAUAAAGAUACAGUUGAAAGAACAAUUCUUACAUUGAAAUCACUUUAUCCAUUAACAUGUGAUACUGAUGAGAAAAAACGAGCAUUUAUUUCAGCAAAAAUGCCAUUUAAUAUACCGAAUACAUUAUGUGCGAUUGGUGGUCUUCUACCAAUUAUUGAAGAACGAUGUCCAGUUUUAUCAUAUGAAUUUGAUUUUCUUGCUGGAAACAUUCUUGCUUUACGUCCAUAUGAUCUAAAUGCUCUAAUGAUUGUUCAUCCAUUUACUUUUCGUGCUUUGGAAAUCUUCAAUCCUACGAUACAUCCAUCAAUAUAUAAAGCAAAUACAGUAAAUAAUCUUCGAGAAGUCAAUAGUCUUUUUGCAUUUUUAAAACGAUGUGUAUCUUCAAUUGGAAGUAGAAAAUUAAGAUCAUGGUGUUUGAAACCAUGUCGAUCAUCGGAAAUUUUAGAACGUCGUUAUGAUGUUAUUGAAUUUUUUCUUGAUACAAAUCAACAUGAAUUAAUGCGAACAUUACGUGAUCAUUUAAAAUCAAUUGUUAAUAUUCCAACAUUAUUAAGAAAAUUAUUUGAUCAAAAUACAAGAAUAACCGUAUGGAAACAAAUUAUUGAAUCAAUACGUGCAACACUUCGGAUUCGUAUGGCUUUAGUACCAUUUCGAAUGAAAACAUAUUUUUUCAAUGAUCUUUGCUCGAAACUUACGGAUGAUUUGCCAAGAUUAUUAAAUAUUAUUGAAAUAAGUAUUGAUUUACAACGAAGUGUUCGUGAUAAUCGUAUUGUAUUUAUCGAUCCAACUGAUCCUGAUCUUGAACAAUUGCGAAAUGAUCUUAUUCGAUUAAAUGAAAAACUUCGUCAACAAGCUGAAUUUGCAAAUAAUCUUUUAAUACAAUGUGGAAUCGAUUCAAAUUAUGCAAUGACUCAAGAUAACGCAACAUUAUUAAUUAAAGGAGAAAAAUUUCAUCAUGAUGAUCUUAUUUGGAAUGAUCGACAAGGACAAAUAUGGCGAUGUCGAACUCGUGAAAUCGAUGUAACAAUACAAGAAGCUGAAGAAAAACGAAAACAAUUAUUAGCUAAAGAAUUAGCUAUUAAACGAAAUCUUUCAUUAGCUCUACGUGAUGGUACAGAAUUAUUUGUUGAUGCAACUGAAUUUUGUUCACAACUUGACUGUUUGCUUUCAUUUGCAUUAAUUGCUUGUGAACAAAAUAAUUAUACUCGACCUGAAUUAACAGCAACUAAUCAAAUUGAAAUAAUUGAUGGAAAACAUCCAUUAUUAUCAAAUAGUAUAAUUGUUCCGAAUAGUUAUACAAGUGAUGUACAUCCAAAUAAAGCUAAUAUACAUAUUUUAACUGGAUUUAAUUGUUCAGGAAAGACAAUUUAUAUAAAACAAAUUGGACUACUUGUUUAUAUGGCUCAAAUUGGUUGUUUUGUACCAGCUAAUAAAAUGCGACUUGGUUUAAUGGAUAAAUUAUUUGUUAAAAUUCAUACUGAUACUCAUUUAACAAUGGGUGUAUCGAAUUUUUUACGUGAUUUAUUUGAAACAUCAUUUGCUGUUGCUGGUGCCACUGGCCGAUCAUUAGUAUUGAUAGAUGAAUUUGGUAUUGGUACAAAUGAAAUUGAUGGUACAGCAUUAUUAGCGUCAUUAAUAACAAUAUGGUCUAAAGCAGAACAAGCAUGUCCACAUGUUGUAAUUGCUACUCAUUUUCAUGAUCUUAUUCAACAACGUCUUGUAUCAACAAGUUCAAAAAUUCGAUGCAAAACAAUGGAAACAAUGUAUGAUGAUGAUGGUAAACUUGUAUAUUUAUAUCGAGUUAUCGAUGGUUUAUGUAUUCGAAGUCAAGCAUUUAAUGCUGCAUUAACUGUAGGUUUACCUGAUGGUGUCGUUCAACGUGCAAAUGAAUUACUUCAUAAAAUCGAAAAUAAUCAAAUACUUCAUCCAAUUCGAAAUUUUACGGAUAUGGAAGAAAUGGUUGAUCUAGUUGAAAAAGCAAUUCAAGUUAAUAUAAAUGAUAAUAAUCAAAUAAAACAGUUUUUUCAAUAUUUACAUCAUAUUAUCAAUAAACAUAUAUAA